GGAAAAAAAUCAUCGUCAAUGUAAUCUUAAGAAUAGCAAACUCAACAGCUUCAUUCGUGCGAUCGCUGCAAGUUUCGAAUGGUUCUGGAUCACUUUGGCUACUUUUCCUAGUAGAUUUAGUGCGUAGUGUGUAGUGCAAAGCCGGGCCCGCUGGAAUUUGGUAAAAUUAGCACCGAUCGUCCGGGAUUUGGGUCGAUUUCGGACGAUUUUUGCUCGCCUCGCCAAUUCGUCUCUCGGUCUGUCUGUCCAUUUUGGCUGCGAAGAUGUCGGGACGGGUGUAGAAAAUUUUCUACAGCCCCCGACGCGUACGUGUGUUGGUGUUUGGUGGUGCGUGUGUGUGUGAGUGUAUGUGGUGGAACGGAGUGUUUGCGAUUUUUUUUCUUCACUUUUGUGCUUUAACAACCUGGUGUGCGUGUGGGUGAAUUGUGUGCGAGGGUGGCCGGGUCCCGUUGGGUUUGUGUGCUCGCGGGGCUCUUGGCGCGGGUGGUGCGACCGAGAGGGGAAGCUGAACGAGAUUCAAUUAAAGCAUCAUUUGAUAAUGGAUGACACUUUUUUUUUCGGUGUGCGUGUUUUCGCCACGGUGUGAGGCCGUGAGAGCAGGUUUUUUUUUGUCGUUCGGUUGCCGAGGUUCAUUCAGUUUUGAUCCGAGCUAAUGGAUUGUUUCAACAUUUAUUACGUGCGGUGGACGGAUUGGACGGCGAAAAAUUGGUGAAUGCACACAGACAUCGCGUUCGAUGAAACAAACACAUCUAGCUAUAAUGAAAUUACGAGAAAAAAUACAUUUUAAGAUUUAAACUUUAGAAAAAGUUUUACAAAAUCAUAAACCUCGCAUUAUUUAUAAAUUAAUUUUAACUAUAAUUAAAUUUUAAAACAAACAAAAUUAUUAUAUAUUAUAUUAAAUUAACAAAAUUGUAAACUAACACGUAACUCGCAAAACAAAAUCAAACCAAUACACAACAAACACAAACACAUACCCACAAACACCCCCCAAAAAAUCAAAAAUCAAACAAAAUGGCUUCUCGUAAGAACGCAAAAUUCUCCACCAAAAUCCAGUUCUAUCUGAAACACAGGGAAUCGCGGAUACUGAAGCUAUGCAACGACACAAUCGGCCCAGUACCGAACGAUUCGCUCACCCGAGCCAUCUUCAAGCUGCUGUCGAAGCCGGUGGACAACAAGCGCCUCAUUCAGCUUCUUGCCGAAAAGAAACGCUGCUCCACCAAAUCGACUGCCUCGCACAGCACCCUGAAGACGCCCCAGCAACAGCCAACCCCGCUAACGGUUCCCACAGCGUCGACGCUGUCUGGGGCCGUGACGGGUGCCGUCGCGCUGCCCGAGUAUCAGAAAGAAGUGGAACGGUUUCGGGGACGCAUCAUCUGCCAGGACAACACGUGCAUCAUCGACCCGGCGGCCUCUCCCAAGAACGACAACAAUUCGAAUCCUCGCACUCACUCCUUCCGAAUUGUCUCGUUCAGCAAGGAGGGCAGCAAUGGCAACAACGGCAGCAGCAGCAACAGCAACACAGGAAGCGGAAAGUCAGCCUCAUCGGACUGUUCCUCGUCGCCACUUGGCGGUGACGGUGGCCGGGACUCGAUGGACGAACAGGUCCAGAAUCUCAGCACACCGCCGGCCGCGUCGACACAAGCUGGCCACAAGGCGAUUCUGAUGUGUUUCAGCUGUAAAUUGAGCUUCGGCACGUGCCGGUCGUUCAUCGCUCAUGCCAAAAUGGAGCACAGCCUCACCCUGAACGAUUACGAGCGGAUGCUGCUCGAGAAGAACUACAGCAGCGCCAUCAUCCAGACCAACACCGAGAGGCAGUUCUACUUUCUGGUUCCUUUCGAAGAGAAAUCUUCUGCCAACAACAGCAACAACCCUAGCAUUAAGUCUUCGAUGGAAAGUGAAGAACGGUUCAAGAGUGGGAUCGCUGCACUCAGCAAUCAGCAACUUUCGCCACAGCAGCAGCAACAACAACAGGUACAGCAACAUCAACAGCAGCAGCAGCAGCAACAACAACAUCAGCUACCUGUCCAAGCGCCAGAGAAAAGCCCCGGUAGCAUCAACUUCGAUAGUGGCUUCCCGAAACUCACCCCCAGCAGUAUGCUCUACGACAUGGACAAUAAACUGCAGGCGAGUUGGAAGCUAGCCGCUGAGAAGUACAACAACGCCAUGAACGAAAGUGUGGCGGCCGCAGCGGCUGCAGCCGCAGUGGCCGCUGCCCAAGAGGAGAAGAACGCCGCCAGCGGGAAACUGUUGACGGAUUUCCUAACCCAGCAGAAAAUGCUGUCGGCAGCGGAAAACCUUUACAACAAGCAAAACAAGUUCCUGGAGUUGAUGAACACCAACCCACUGGCAGCGGCCGCUGCAAAGGCGGCCGUCACCGGGGCGGGUGUUGAUGCGACUAGCGAUUUUCAGAUGGCCAAAAAAUACAACGCAAUGGAUCUCUACAAGCAGCUGAUGGCGGCGAACAACUUCCGACCGGAGGGCUUGGAGCUGAAGGAAGAACUCAAGAGCGAGCAUCAGAUAAGCGUUAAAAAACUAGAGACUGAAGCAUCGGCUGCAUUCCGCAACAGUAACUUUGCGCCAAAUAUCUCCACGAGGAAUUCCUGCAAGACACUAAAAUGUCCUCAGUGUAACUGGCACUACAAGUACCAGGAAACGCUGGAGAUUCACAUGCGGGAAAAGCAUCCGGACGGGGAAACCGCGUGCAGCUACUGUUUGGCAGGUCAGCAGCAUCCACGACUGGCACGGGGUGAAUCGUACACCUGCGGCUACAAACCGUACCGUUGCGAUAUCUGUAACUAUUCCACCACCACGAAGGGUAACCUGUCCAUUCACAUGCAGAGCGACAAGCAUCUGAAUAACAUGCAGGAUCUAAACGGAAUGAUGAACAAGGGUAAUCAGAACUUUUUAAAUCUUGCCACCCUUCAGGCCACGGAGAAAGUUAACACAUCUCGCAACCAAUACAUGCAAGCCACCUCGCCCCUCUCGUUGACCACCAAGCUAACCCAGCAGCCCAAGGAAUCCCCCAGCAGCUACGAAACGAGUCGACCGAAAUCGUUCUUCAAGUGCGACAUCUGCAAUUACGACACCAACAUCGCGCGGAAUCUCCGAAUCCACAUGACUAGCGAGAAACAUAUCAGCAAUCUAAACUCGCUGCAGUCCAGUUUCAGCCAGCUGAAGAACCUCCAGAGUAUGUCGUCCGCCGAAAACCUCGACUACCUGAGUGCGCUCAGCUUGAACGCCCUGAAGGAUGAUCCCACGCUAAGCCGAGUCGAAGACUACAGCAGUAACGCACUGAAGCCGCUCUCGAUUCCAUCGUCUCCCUUUGCUCCCAUCGAUCCGACCCCCGGCAGUACCGCCAACAGUACACCAACACCGGAGUCCCUCUUCCUCAACAAUCCGUCUCCCUUCUCGGGUGGAAGCGAUACCGAGCGCCUCGCAGCCGGCGAAUUCCACCAGCUGGACGAAGACAAAAACCCUCUCCACUUCGAACCGCCGAUCAGAGUCACACUGGACCCAUCGACUUACUACACCUGUUUGAUCUGUUCGGACUUCGACACCAACAACCUGGAGGAGCUGAAGAAGCACGUGAUCAAGGACCGCUUGACGUCGAACAUCGCAAUGGAUACGAUAGUGAUCGCUGCAGCUAGCUGCGAGUGCCUCCUGUGUGGCUUCCGUUCACCGAACGGACCUGACAAGCACGAUCUCGAGCGGCACCUGAAGACGGAAGCCCACCUCAAGCGGCUCGAUGUGAUGAUCCAUCUGCUCGAGGGAAGGGACAAAGCGAUCGGCAAACUGCGCCAGUUCUGCGGUUCCGAGCUGUUCAAGAAGCUGUCUCUCAUCUUCCCGCUGGCCACGGAGGAAACGAAAUUUCCGUACGAAGAAAUGCCUAGCAUUGGUGAAAUUUCGCGUUCUCCACUGUCGCUGCUGCUGGAACCCAAGACCGAACUUGUGGUUGAUCGGGAGUUUGGUGGUAUUAAUGGUCUCGAUAAUGAAGGAACUCAACCGCACCCGGACAACGUUCAAAUCAAGUGCAACUGCUGCAACUACUACACGACCUCGCUGGAGAAAAUCGGCAUCCACAGUCUGUCGGAGAAGCACAUCUUCCGGCGGAUCUGUUUCGACUACUUGCUGCUUAUCUCCAGCGAGAAGAACGCUUCCGCCGGGAGCGGAGGUUCGCUCAGUCCGUUGAACUUGCAGCACAGCAUGAAGCAGGAAGAGAAUCGUCCGGGAGUGGGCUGUCUGAUGCUGACCUGUGUGCCGUGUGGGUAUAAAACCGACCACAUCUACUACAUGAUCCACCAUCUGAAGAAGUCCUGCAAGGUGGAGCAGAACAUCAACCUGCUCGGACUGCGCAACAUCUUUAAGUUGACUCCCAAGGGCGCCGAAUCCCAGGAUGCAAUGGACUCGGCCUCGGCGGCUACCGGAGACAACAACAACGGUGGUAGUGGUGGCGGUGGCAGCGGCAGUGGUAGUGGCGGCAGUAGUAGCAGCAGCAGCACCAGUAGCACACUCGGGACCCUGUGCAGCAUCCUGCAGGAGAAGAAACCCUGGAACGGGGAAAACUGCAACGGCAAAAGUGGCAGCAUCAGUGCGUCCGGUGUCACCACCGGAACUGCUGGUUCCGGCCACAAUGGCGACGGCGGUGGUUCGACCUGCAAGGAUCGCUGUCUAGUUUGCAGUGUGUGCAACGAUUUCUCCUCGAAGAAGAUCAACGUGAUGCAGCACUUGCUGGCGAAUCACAACAUUGGGAACGAGCUGCUCGCGCAGGACUUCCCCAAUUUGAAUGUGCCAUCGACGAUGCAGAAGAAACCGUUCGACUACCUGCGCACGCUAACGGAGGCUCGCUGUGCUCAGAACCUGCGGCUCAUCGAGAAGGUUACCUUUAUGAACGACACUUUCGCCUUCAAGGAGAACUGCAACGAUCUGAAGCACGGCAAUCUAGCGGAGAUUCUCGAAAGCUACAUGGGAGGUGGAAAGGAUGGAGAUGGAGAUAAAAUCGAGAAACAUCACCUGCAGACAGUGUCCUGUCCGCUGUGUCCGGAGACGUUCCUGGAUCAGGUGAACGUGGAAACGCACGUAAUCCGAGUGCACAACAUUAAGAUGGAAGGCUUGAACCGACUGCUGAAGCUGGUUGAUACCUCGCAAUUUCUUAAGACCACCAAACAACAGCAGCUUGGCAGUAGUCCGGACAAGUCGCCGAAGAAGGAAACCUCGCCCUCGCCGGAGAUCAAAUGCUCCUUCUGUAAGGUCUGCUUCGACUCGAUGGUAGACCUGAAGAUACACUGCAACGAAAGCAAUCACUUCAAGCGGAACGCUGACUCGGAGGAUCUCGCCUGCUUCCUGAACGACUGCAAGGACGCAUUCGACAACCUCUCCGAUCUGCACCAGCACUUCAAGGCAAACCAUCUCAAUUUUCUGAUCUCGGAGAAUCACACCUACAAGUACCGUUGCAAGUUGUGCCCGUUUGCGUUCAAGACGCAUGAAAAACUGAACCGUCAUCUGUUCUAUCACUCGCUGCGGGAAUCGACCAAGUGCUUCUACUGCGAUGCCACCUUCAAGAACAUCAACUCUCUCACGAGCCACAUCACAGAGAAGCACCCGCAAGAAUCGUCCGCCCCGAAGGGGGGCUCCGAAACCCAACAACAGCAGGACGCGGCGUCGAUUCUCUUCUUCAAAGAUCUGAAGCGAAAGAUGAUGAACAACAAGAACGGCAUGAGUCCCAAGUCGGAUCGGAGCCAAACGCGGGACAGUGCGGACGAGGAUCGGCUCAGUGAGAAGUCGAUGAGUAGCAAGAGUAGUUUGUACUACGACAAGAGCUUGGACGGCUCGGAUGGUGGUGGUGGAGGUGGAGGAACGGUCGUCGCGAAGAUCUCCUGCAACGAUUGUCGCUUUAACUUCACCGAUGCGGCGGCUCUCGAGCGACAUAUGGCCACGGCAUUCCAUAUGUCGAAGGAGAAGGAAAAAGCCGCGGCGGACAGUCUGGCGGGUAUGGCCAAUAAGCAGCAGUUGUUCUACGAUAUUAAGUCGGAGAAGUUCACCAACCCGAAUCGGCCCUUCAAGUGCACGAUCUGCAUGGAGAGCUUCACCCAGAAGAACAUCCUCCUGGUGCACUACAAUAGUGUGUCCCACUUGAACAAGCUGAAGAAGCUGAAGUCCGACAAGCAGCACCCGUUCCCGUUUCAGAUUGGGGCUGCCAUGGGGGAGGGGGAUGGGUGCGAACAUGGCGGCGGUGGGGAUAAGCAGCCGCCCGAUUUUAAGCCAUUUGGGAUGCAAAUGUUUGCCGAGGGUGGCGAGAAGCGGAAAGAUCUGGAGGAGAAGGAAACGGCUAGAAAGAAGUUCAAGUGCGAUAUCUGCAACGUGGCGUACACCCAGGGAAGCACGCUGGAUAUUCACAUGAGGAGUGUGCUGCAUCAGACCAGAGCAUGCCGGCUGCAGGAGCGGAGCAUGUUUAAUAAUCAAUUGCAGCCACUCGAUAAGAAGAAACCGGAAUUUUCACUGAUUCAGACGAUUCCGGAGAGUCACGAGUCCCCGAACUUCAUCGACGAUACGCCAAUGCGUAAGAUAAAAUCUCCAGCCGAUCUUCAACCACAGCCGCAACUUCCGCAGCAGCAGCAGCAGAUGCCCCAACAACCGGCCAUGUUGAACCCCAUGAUGGGAGCUCUUGGCUUGGGAGGUACCAUGACCGGCUUGGACAAGCCAGAGAUUGCCAUUUGCGAGUGCUGUUUCCAGGUGUUCCCUAAUAAACCUACUCUGGAAACUCACCUCGAGCUAAGUCCGGAGUGCUUAGCUCUGAAGAAGAAAAUGAUGGAAAACAGCAAUCCCACUCCGGAAAACUUCGCCGAAGGCUUUCAGCAGCAAGCCCUGAAUGAACUGGCGAAGGUUAACCCCUUGCCCGGGUUUGAUUUAACCCCGGAAGCGCUGCUAGGGAAGUCGCCCUUCCCGAUGGAUCCAACCGCCAAUUUGAUGGAUCCGAAUUUUUUGAAAAACGCCUCGCUGCUUCAGUUUGCCACCGAUCCGAACAACAAACUGGGCCCGAACGCUUUGAACGUACUAAAUUUCAUGCACUUCCACCACUUGAUGUCGCUUAGCUAUCUAAACCUCGCACCUCAGCUGAACUUCGGCGCUGUACCGCCAAAAGUUCCUGAUAUAACAGCUAAAACCGACCUCGAGAAGGUCAUUCCGGUGGACAAAACUAAAUUACCCCCGGGAGUAAUGCAGUCGAACCUCAACGGCAAACCUCCGCUCGAUUUGAACCUCAUGUCCCACAAUCUGGAAUCCAAAAUGCCCCCACAACCCCCACAGCAGCAACCGUGCACCCAGAAACGCGCUCGAACUCGUAUUACAGAUGAACAGCUACGUAUUUUGCGUUCCCACUUCGACAUCAACAACUCACCCAGUGAGGAGAGCAUCCAGGAAAUGUCCAUCAAGGCUAACCUUCCGCCUAAGGUUGUCAAGCACUGGUUCCGCAAUACCCUCUUCAAGGAACGCCAACGCUCCAAGGACAGUCCGUACAACUUCAGCAUUCCACCCUCGACGAAGCUCAACGUCGAAGAGUACGAGCGCACCGGUGAAACAAAAGUAGUCGACCUGGACACCUCCUUCAAGUCCAACGACUCCCAGGACACCUCGCAGAAUGCGGUCGAUCUCAAGCUGAACGAGAUGAAGCAAAGUUUUUCCAAAUCCCUCAUGGAAUCCCUCUCCAAGCAUCAGGCCAAUCAGGAGUUGGGUAACUUUCAGCUAAAUAAAAACCUUUUUCCGGAUAACUUCGGCUCUGACUUCCAGAGCCAACACGACCAAGCAUCCCAACUGCAAGCCAACGUUGCCAACUUUUUCUCCCAAGCUCCCGACCUGAACAACCUGAACCUAAGCAAGGAGCUGAUGUCGAACAAAAAGAAAAAAAUCAAAUCCGAAACCUCCUCUAAUGCCUCCCCUACGCCGGUCGAUCUGCAGAUCGAUUCCAGCAACUCCAGUCCCCUUCCGAUGCGCCCGCCCAGUGCCAUCAGUCUGAAGAAGCACAUGGAAGCUCGCCCGCUCGGUACGCCCGGGUUGAUGGAAGAAAUCAAGAUCCCCAGUCCGAUCGAGAGUCCGGUCAUUUCACCACCGACUUCGAUUGCUGGUGGGCUGCAUCAGCAGCUGUCCCAAAACCAGGCCGUCACUUGCUCCAACGGAAAGCGUGCCAAUCGGACCCGGUUUACCGACUACCAGAUCAAGGUACUGCAGGAGUUUUUCGAGAACAAUUCCUACCCAAAGGACAGUGAUCUGGAGUACUUGAGCAAACUGUUGAUGCUGUCCCCGCGGGUUAUCGUCGUUUGGUUUCAGAACGCCCGCCAGAAGCAGCGCAAGAUCUACGAGAAUCAACCGAAUCCGACCUUCGAGACGGACGAGAAGAAGGCGAUCAACAUCAACUACACCUGCAAGAAGUGCAACCUGGUGUUCCAGCGGUACUACGAGCUAAUUCGCCACCAGAAGAACCACUGCUUCAAGGAGGAAAGCAACAAACGUUCGGCCAAGGCGCAACUGGCGGCCGCCCAGAUUGCGCACUCCUUCACCAGCGGCAGCGAGGACUCGGACUCCAGCAUGGACGUCAGCCGACGGGAGUUCCAACCGCGCGAAAACGACUGCCCCUUCUAAUGGAAGGCCCCUUCCGAGGAGGAUCCGACGUUGGACUUCUCCUCUUCCCUUCUUCCGUUGUUCCGUUAGCGCCCUCCUCCCCCGCCCGUAACAUUCCACCACUCUAAGUUGAACAUUUCCAGUGAUUAGUUUAAAGUCAACAAAAAAAAUUACAUUCCACUCGUCAUUUUUAGAUAACUAGCGCUGGCGCUUUCUUAUGUUAAACCCCCUAAAAACAAGCUCCUUCCUGUUAUUUUUUCUCUUUUCGAUUCUCUCACAACCCCCCGUUUUUGUUUCGGUUUAAAUUGACGACAUCUCCUAAAAAAAGAAACAAAACGAAAAACUCGAAGCAUGAAAUAACUGAACUAAACAGGCAGAAGUUUAUUUCCUCUUCCUCUCGCAAAAAAGUUACUAUUUUCUAAAAGAAUAUUUUGAUAUACAAGUAAAACAAAACAUAUAGAAACGAGAUAAGAAACUAAGAAAAAAAAAAUCGCGAAGAAAUCCCCGCAUCAAAUGUAAUGUGAAAGUUCCUAAACUGAAAGCAAACAAGCAAGCAAGAUGAAGUAUAUUAAGCUAAUUGAGAGUGAAACAAAAACUAAGAAACAAAACAAAAAACACGAAACAAUACAAACACUGUUUCGUAACCGAUUUGCCAUAUAUUAUACGAUUGUGAGCGCGUGGUAGUGAACGAAAGUGAACAGCAAGCGAAAGCAGAGAAACAAAAAAGCAAAAACAAAAACAGUUGUAGUAAGAAAGUAAGAAUUCAAUUCACAGCAAACAAUCCAGAACUGCUCGACCCUGAGAUCGGAUAUAGAUAAUUAAAUAUUGUUUUGUCAGUUUUUUUAUUUGAACUAUUGAAAAAUUUUAUUAUUAAACAGCAAGCAGGCAGGCGAACUAUAGAUGAUCCACACAACAUCACGGAGAUUGUUAUAAAAAAAAGACCUAAAACAAAACAA